GCCGUUAACGGACUUAGACGUGACUCUCUACGGUACGGCGGAAAAAUUUCGAAAACAAAGUGUGCGCCGGUGCACCGUACGCGAUUGUCGGGAGUUGCUUAUUCAGUAAUUAAAUAUAAAAAGUUGAACACUAAGCCAUACAUACAUACAUACAUAUAUACACAUAAGGGAUGUAUAAUUGAUGAAAGUACUGCGGAAAAGUAAUCGAAAGUGUAAAACAAAGAAACAUUUUCUGGGAUUAAGCUAACGAAGGGCUACCGAUCACAACGGCAAGACAACAUGACGGUGGAAAAUGAUAAUAAGCCAAGUACUGGCGACAUACAAAGUACAGAACCGGUCCCUGCAGCCAAUGGUAACACAGCGAGCGCUGACACCCCUGAGGUUAAAUCUGUAUCUGAAAACCCUACAGAACCAGCCAUUUUACCUCGUUUGAGUUUUAAGGAAGGCGACAAGAAUGAAGCGAAUGCAAAGGACAGCAUCGAACCGAUCGCUAAUGUUUCGGAAGCAGAGGGGCAAGUGAAGAAACUGCCGUAUCCGAAAUCAGUCUUCUUUAUCAUCAGCAAUGAAUUUUGCGAACGUUUCAACUACUAUGGAUUGCGAACAAUACUCGUCCUGUACUUGACUCGUCAACUCCUUUACAGUAGUGAUGACGCCACCGUCAUCUUCCACGUCUUUACAAUGUUGGUCUAUUUUCUAUGCAUUGUUGGUGCUAUCAUUUCCGACAGUUGGCUGGGAAAAUUCAAAACAAUUUUUUACCUAUCACUUGUCUACGUUUGCGGCUCGGUUUUGGUAUCUCUUGGUGCAGUGCCGCCAUUGAAUUUGCCUGCUGUAACAUUUACUAUGCUCGGCUUGGGGUUAAUAGCUCUGGGCUCGGGCGGUAUAAAACCAUGCGUAUCCGCCUUCGGUGGUGACCAGUUCAAAUUACCCGAACAAGUGAAGCAAAUGACCACAUUCUUUUCGCUCUUCUACUUCUCGAUCAAUGCUGGUUCACUAAUCUCAACUACAAUAACACCAAUUUUGCGCGAGAAUGUUUACUGCUUCGGCGAAAAAGAAUGUUACUCGUUGGCCUUUGGCGUACCGGCUAUUCUUAUGGUUGUCUCGAUAAUUAUCUUCGUAUUGGGUCGCCCGUUAUACAUUAGCAAACCUCCAGCUGGCAAUAUGGUCGUGUUAGUCAGCAAAACUAUUGGCAAUGCUAUUUCUACUAAAUGGAGGGAGAAGAAGACCAAUCCUCGCGAACACUGGUUAGAUUACGCCGAUAAGAAGUAUGACCGUCAAUUGAUUGAAGACAUUAAGGUGUUGAUGCGUGUUUUGGUGCUCUAUCUACCGCUCCCCGUGUUUUGGGCGCUCUUCGAUCAACAAGGUUCUCGUUGGACUAUCCAAGCCACCCGUAUGGAUGGCGAUAUGGGCUCAUGGGAUAUUAAGCCCGAUCAAAUGCAAAUGAUAAAUCCUUUCCUGAUUCUAGCUUUUAUUCCCUUAUAUGAGCUCCUCUUCUACCCUUUGCUUAGCCUCAUCGGCAUUCGUCGCCCAUUGCAGAAGCUUACCUUAGGUGGCAUCUUUGCUGGUAUAGCUUUCGUUGUUUCCGGUGUAGUCGAAUUAGAAUUGGAGAAAACUUAUCCAGUAGUGCCAAGCGCUGGAAACGCUCAACUUCGUGUCUACAAUGGCGAACUUUGCGACUAUUCUAUUACUACCAAUUUGACGAAUUUCAAUUUUGACGUGACCUCAUUAGAUAUGUAUAUGAAUAGCACUGAUGUGGACUCAAGCGGUCAUCUCUAUGUAACAUUCACGUUUAAUGAGAAAUCAGGUGUGAAUUGUGCACAAUUUCCCAGCAAAACUUUUAUGUUCAACUCGUCUACGGCUCAUUAUUUGUUUUUAAAUUCGAGAAACUCUGAUAAUCCUUUAAUCUGGGGAGAAGACACGGUCAGUAAACCCAGCCGUGGUUAUCCAAUGGCACGUACAUUGGCAAAUGUGCAAUCAAGUCGCACAAUUGAAUGGAAGAAUAAAAAAGGUUCGAUUGAGCACACCGAACCAGCCGACACGCGCAAUAUAACGGAACUAACGUCCGGCACCUAUCAAAUACUGGUUGAUAAUGUUGAGGUUGCAAGUGUAAAUCUCAGAGUCGGAGGCAUUUAUACGGUUUUAAUAAAUGAAGAUGCAUCGGGUAACUAUAGUGUUAACACCGUAAUCGUAACGACGCCGAACUCGAUGUCCAUUUUUUGGUUAAUUCCGCAAUAUGUUAUUAUGACACUCGGUGAAGUGAUGUUCUCCGUAACUGGUCUGGAGUUUUCAUACUCGCAGGCGCCAGUGACAAUGAAGUCAGUACUGCAAGCUUGUUGGUUACUUACAGUGGCAUUCGGUAAUGUGAUUGUGGUGAUUAUCGCCGAACUAUCGCUUUUCGAUUCGCAAGCGUAUGAGUUCUUCCUCUUCGCUGGGCUUAUGUUCGUUGAUAUGGUCGUUUUCAUGUUUGUGGCUUUCCGGUACAAACCAAACACACCAGCGCCCAAUAGCGAAACAGAGCCAUUGACAGCGCCGGAAAGAAGCGAGAAGGAUGGUAUAGAUAAUGUAGCUAAGACAAUUGAUGAGUAGCAAAGAUUGGUUUGUAAUAAAAUGUACAAAUAAGGAUAUACCUAAUUUAGAGUCAGCAUCUAAUGUAAAUAAAUCAAGUUUUUUAUUUAAGUUAAAGCCUAAUUAAAUAAAAUAAAAUGUAUUACAUAACAUUAAAUAUGCGUAAUGACAA